AUGUUGGAUCUAGCCGUCAUUGAUUCCGAUGUGUUGGUUUUCGACGUGAAUGUGGUGAAACAGCUACGGAACCUUGGGAUUCUUGGGAAUUUUAUGGGCUCUUUGGCAGCUGCUCCCCAACAGAACAGUUUCUUGGGCCUUCCGUUGAAGCUUUCACCCUACGAGAUUUUAUGGCUUGUGGAUAACCGUCAGGCUAACCUCGUCAAACACAAGGGAAUUACCAGGAUAAAUAACCACAAAGAGCCUUAUUUCUACACCCAGUACAACAACGAGCCUAGUGAGCUCGAGGCAGUCGAUAUUGAGGUUAUCAGACGUAAAGCCAAUCCCAGUUCAUAUUCGAUAUUCUGUCAGCUAAAACACCAGGGAUACUACUUGCUUCCUGGAUUGAAGUUUGGCGGUGAGUUCAUAGCAUAUCCAGGUGACCCACUUCGGUACCAUUCCCACGUGAUCGUCCAUCCUGUGAGUGAAGUGAAUUUCUACAGCUUAAUUGUAAGUGGCCGUUUGGCCACCGGUGUCAAGAAAUUAUAUGUGAUUCUGGAGCCUGACGAAACAGACCCAACGUUCAAUAUUACGUUCUCUAUCGAAUGGGCCGGAUUUGGUUAG